GUGUCGUAGCGCUUCCUACGACAACCUUGAAGUUUACCAAUCCCGACAACACCACUUCGACUUACGUUAAAACGGACGUUUUUGUUAAUUUAGAUGACACUAUAGCAGUAUCAUUCGAGACUACUCCGCAGCAGAUUGGGGAACUAAAGAUGUCUGCCACCGCACAGUCCAAGUUUGCAUACGCUCAGAUGGAGGCAAGCUUGCUCGUGAAAGCGGAAGGCGUUGAGCAGUAUCGUACGCAAGCCGUCUUUAUCGAUUUGCGCAAUCUGCCAAUGCCGCCGACGAAAUUCCUGCUUCAGCGGGAUCCACUUGGGAAGGUCACUGGUUCGGAUAAAAUAGACAUAAGCAUCACUGGCGAUAUUUUGGGCCUUUCCAUCCAGAACUUGGAAAAACUAAUUAAACUGCCGUACGCUUCCAGUGAAAGCAGCAUAGCCCUGACGGCUUCUAAUGUGGCAAUUCUGAAAUAUCUCACACGGACCAACAAACUAAUCGAUUCGCUAAAGAAACGGUUGAUCAACAAUACCGAACGUGGAUACCAACGGGUUCUGGAAUACCGGCACGCCGAUGCCUCGUUUAGUAAAUGGGGAAGCGCUGAAACAAACGGCUCCACAUGGGUAACUGCGCACGUGGCCAAAGCUCUCUCCGCAGCUUCCGUCUUCACUCCCACUAUCAAUAACAAUGUCAUCCGAAAAGCGUUCCGCUUCUUAAGAAGUCAGCGAAACGCAGAUGGAUCUUUCCAAGAAAAUGAGGAUACGAAUCGAUAUGGGGAUUUACAACGCGUUUCCGUAACUGCCGUCGCUGCGCUUUCGUUUCUACAAUACAAUAGUACAUCAGCAGCCGGCAGCGAGGAGCUGGAUAAGACCUUGCGAAAAGCAGUCAAUUAUCUGGAAGAUCAACUAGAAUUGAUUCAAAACGAUUCGUAUGUGCUGGCCAUGACAGCCUAUGCAUUGACCAAAGCGAACAGUCCAAAGAAAAUCGAUGCACUGAGCCUGUUAAAAAAGCGGAUGGUGCACGGUCAGUCCAGCAUACACUGGACUGUUGAUGAAACUGUCAAAGAUGGAUACCAGAUGGCAGAAAAUUCCUAUUCAACGAGUUCAAAAGAUGUGGAGGCUACAGCUUACGCACUUUUGAAUUUCCUGGCCAACAAAGAUCUCGAUACUUCUAUGCAAAUUGUAUCAUGGCUUAUAUCGAAGCAGAAUGCCGAAGGGGGCUUUUUCUCUGCACCGGAUACUUCUGUCGCUCUGGAAGCUCUUGCUGCAUCUGCAAAAACUCUUACCAGUCCGCCCUCGCUUCAAGGAGAGGUUGCAGAUGGCACAGAUGGCAUGCGGAAAUACAAGUUCACAAUCACCCCGGAAAGCUCCUUAUCGGUGCAGGAUAUGAUAUUUGCGGAGAAACCAGACGAACUCAGUGUACAUGCAGAAGGAAGCGGGGUGGCAGUAGCUUAUCUGAGCUCCACAUGCCAUGUACUGCAGCCCAGAGAGAAGGUCUCCUUCGACGUUAACGUCACCGUCAAAACGUUUUCACUCAAGAAAAGUCGAUUGGAUAUUUGCGUUAGGUAUCAGAAAGAUGGCGCAAGCGGGACGACGGUUGCUGAAGUCAAUACACUUAACUUUCCGGAUACCAACUUGAUGAAGAAGAAAUUAAAGAUCUGCCUCGUUCGAUUGAAGGACUGCGGAAAACCCAACGUGACAGAAAGAACACCAGACUGAAUCUGUAUUUUGACGAGAUGACCCCGACGAUGAAAUGCUUCAGCCUGAAUAUGUAUCGCGUUUACAGAGUGGAGAAUUUGAAGGAGCAAAGCGUUGUCGUCUAUGAUUACGACGAUCCCAAAGAGCGACGAACGGUCUUCUAUGCGCUGC